AUGUCGUUGAUCGAGAAUAUUUCCAUUUAAUUCGAAAGAAAGAUGGAGGUGCUGAUAGACGGCUAUUUCGACAAGCUGUUCAGCGAGAUGGAGCGCAGUUGUCUCGCCUCGCGAUACAAACGUCGCGAGCUGGUCGGCUAUUUCUCGGACGUGAUAAAUAGCUGCGCUGCAGCCGAGAACCUGGACAAGCAGGACGUCUGCGAGAGGAUAGUAAUGUCCGCCCUCCGCUACCACAACAUCGCCAUGAUGGAGAACGGUUACGUGUGCAUGCUGGGUAAAUUCCACAACGUUCUGUACGUGGCCGCGAAGCUCUGCUACGACUGGAACCUCGACAACAACGAGAUCGUCUCGCGUCUCUUAAACGACAUAUUCUACUGCGAGAAGACGUUCGAGCGUAUCCUGGUGGGCGCGAUCUUCGGCAUACGGGUGACACACUUCCUGUCCGGUUGGAAGAGCGACUUCGAGGACCGCGAGGAGAACAUACAGGCAUUGGUUUACUUCCUGCACCACGCGACAGUUGGUCGUCUCGAGUAUCGUUGCGAGUCGUCGCCCAUGAAGAGACGCUUCAUCGACAUCCCCAUGGAGUCUUACGGACAGGCGUUGCCUCUACGAGUUGCCAUUCAACAUGGCGCCCCGGACAUCCUACUCGUGAUGCUUCGUUACGGCGCCUCUGUAGAGCCCGACAAUCUAGCUCCCUCUCCCCUGGAAAUGCUUUUGACCCGACUGAACGAGUACGACCUCCAACCAGGCCAAGAAGAGAUCGUCUACCCGGAACCGUUGCUAGUCUGCCUGAGACUGAUCCUGCGAACCAUCACCACCGCGUUCAUAAAGACGCCCAGUCACAUCGCCGAUCAGAGCGGGGUCUUCAGUAUCUCGUUGUACGAACAGUACCCCGCCCUGAUGGAACGGAAGCUUGUACCGCCUGAGAGGAGUGGCCUAAGUCCACCGGAGUUAAGACAUCUCUGUCGAUGUCGGAUCAGGGAGACGCUGUUCGAGAACUGGGCCCUUCCUCACGGGAUCAAGACUCUGCAGAUCCCAGAGUCGCUCAAGAACUACCUGGAUCUCCUAUGCGACUGA